AUGGAAAGUGAAAUAAAUAGACGACCUUUAUUAGAAGAUAGUGAUAGUGAUUUUAACGAAAACGACAAUGACAUAGAACAUGAACAAAAUGAGGACCAUAUUAUAGUCCAACCCCAUAAUAAUAGAAAGACAUUCUUAAAAACUAUUUUACCCCCUGAUAAAUACAAUGUAUCGUAUUUUAUAUUUUAUUUACUUGGUAUGACAACUUUAUUACCAUGGUGCUUUUAUGUUACAGCAAAUGAGUAUUGGAUGUACAAAUUUAGAGAUGUAUCACAAAAUAAUACUUUUAACCGGACAGCAUUACAAGUGGGAUUUACAGCAUAUUUGACUGUAGCUUCCUCCAUUCCGAAUACUGUAUUUUUAGUAAUAAAUGCCAUGGUUUGCCAUAGAAUAUCAUUACAUUUACGAAUGCAUGGAUCUUUAAUAAUUAUGACAACAUUAUUUAUUAUUACGACUGCGUGCCAGUGCUAUAAUGUCCGGUGGCCUUUUGGCAUAAGCGGCAGAUUUCCAGCGCAAUACAUAUCAGCUGUUGUGAGCGGGCAAGCACUAGGAGGAGUAUUUGCAGCACGAUUUCGAAGAUUUGGGGAUCAUCGAACGGCGUUCGGUUUUUCUCCGAUAUAUUCCCCAAUAGACAUGCCUCAGUGGGCUAAUCAAGAAUUUCCUGACCAUGCUUUCAAUACAAAAUCUGAUAUGAAGGAAAAUAGAGUACUUACCGGGUCAGGUAGAUUCCAGCGAAUGACGAAUCCUGGCUCGCGUAAAGAUAUUAUGCAUUACGUUGACAACCAAUUUGGUAUUGACCAAAUGUUUGAAGAUGGUGGACCGCCUAAAAUAGAAUUCAGAGUAUUGCCAGAAACAAAAACGUCCGACGAAAUAAUAAUUCAUAACCGAGCUCUAAGCAAUUCUGGGGAAGAAGAAAAAUUUUCUUCUUCUGAAGAAAGUACAGAAAGUGGCAGGUACUUAAGUGGAUCCGCAUUAAAUGCAAUUUCUGAAACUCUUGGAGCAAUAAACACGGUUGGUCGAUAUUUGGUGAACAUGACAAGGCAUGACAGAAAAGAUAUUAGCCAGGAACAAGACAUACAAGAAGAUGUUCCUGGUGCUCUUCUAACAAUAAGCAAAAAUGUUUUGGGUAGAAAUGUCACUGAAUCAAUAGCACCAUUUGUGCGCGGCGAAUCUCCCUCGAAUAUUAACUUUAUAACAGGUUCGGCUAAACAACGUCCUGGUGGAAAAGUUACAAAUUCCGAUAUCAACGCUCGUGCAUGCACAACACCAGCGGGAGGCCGCGGUAGAUGCGAUGACCUUAGCAACUGCCCGAGACUACUUUUGGACCUUGCUGCGCUUCGGCAAAGUUUGUGUUUCAAAAGCUUAUUCGUACCUGGUGUGUGUUGUCCUGUAGAUGACAGUAAUAAUCAGCAGAAUGGUAAUUUGCAAUUAACAGUGUUGACGACGCAAAAACCGACUCGCCUAACAGCCAGGCCUCCAGUAGUGCUAACUACAACUUCUCGACCCAUAACUUCCACCAGAAGACCUAAAACAACAACAACCGCAUCGACUACGACGGAAGAUAGUUCUUUGGAAUCUGAAAACCCAAUCGAUGAACCAUUGAAUCAACUCAUUGUUAAUCCAGAUGAGUGCGGCGAAACUGAAGAUGAAAGUGGUCGUGUUGUUGGUGGACAAGAAGCCCGAUCUGGAAGCUGGCCCUGGAUGGCUGCCAUAUUCCUUCAUGGACCCAAACGCACAGAAUUUUGGUGCGGUGGUUCACUCAUUGGAACAAAAUAUAUCUUAACUGCUGCGCAUUGUACUAGAGACUCGAGGCAAAAGCCUUUUGCAGCAAGGCAAUUUACUGUACGUCUUGGAGAUAUAGACUUAGAAGAUGACGAAGAGCCUAGCAGUCCCGCAACAUAUCGGGUGAAGGAAGUACGUGCUCAUCAGCGUUUUUCUAGAGCUGGAUUUUAUAAUGAUAUUGCAAUUUUAGUACUCGACAGCCAAGUUAGAAAAUCCAGAUAUAUUAUUCCUCUUUGUUUGCCGCCUAGACAAGAUGCUCAAGCUCGUGACCGUUUGGCUGGACGAAGAGCAACCGUGGUCGGGUGGGGUACAACAUACUAUGGUGGCAAAGAAAGCACGAGGCAGCGCCAAGCCCUUUUACCCGUUUGGAGAAACAGCGAUUGUGAUCGCGCUUAUUUCCAACCUAUAACUGAAAAUUUUGUUUGUGCUGGAUACUCGGAAGGUGGUGUUGAUGCCUGUCAGGGCGACAGUGGUGGGCCACUGAUGAUGCGAUGGGGAAGUCGAUGGACUCAAAUCGGAGUCGUCUCCUUCGGAAACAAAUGCGGCGAACCAGGAUAUCCAGGAGUGUAUACAAGAGUUUCACAGUACUUGAAUUGGAUACGUAAUAACACAAUUGAUUGA